CGCGCCCGCUUUUAAAUAGCUCCUCUCCCCCGGCGGAAUCGGAGGCGGCCAGGCUCCUCCCUCCUCCCCCCUCCCCCCCUUGCAAAUCCUGAGAACACCACCACUCGUUUUCCUGUCCGGGACAGGAGAAAAGGGGAGAGAGGCGAGGCGCGGUGUCCGCCCGAUCUGCUCCGCCCCGACGCAGCUGUUCCGUCGUUCUCAGUCUCAGCAAAAUGGGUGCCGGCGGCAGGAUGACCGAGAAGGAGCGGGAGAAGCAGGAACAGCUCGCCCGUGCUACUGGUGGCGCUGCCAUGCAGCGAUCUCCGGUGGAGAAGCCACCGUUCACGGUGGGUCAGAUCAAGAAGGCCAUUCCACCACACUGCUUCGAGCGCUCAGUGUUGAAGUCCUUCUCCUACGUGGUCCAUGACCUCAUCAUUGCCGCGGCGCUCCUGUACUUUGCGCUGGCCAUCAUACCGGCGCUCCCAAGCCCGCUCCACUACGCGGCCUGGCCGCUCUACUGGAUCGCCCAGGGGUGCGUGUGCACUGGCGUGUGGGUCAUCGCGCACGAGUGCGGCCACCAUGCCUUCUCCGACUACCAGCUCCUGGAUGACAUCGUUGGCCUGGUGCUGCACUCGUCGCUGAUGGUGCCGUACUUCUCGUGGAAGUACAGCCACCGGCGCCACCACUCCAACACCGGCUCCCUGGAGCGAGACGAGGUGUUCGUGCCAAAGAAGAAGGAAGCGCUGGCGUGGUACACCCCGUACGUGUACAACAACCCCGUCGGCCGGCUGGUGCACAUCGUUGUGCAGCUCACCCUCGGGUGGCCGCUGUACCUGGCCACCAACGCGUCGGGACGCCCGUACCCGCGCUUCGCCUGCCACUUCGACCCCUACGGCCCGAUCUACAACGACCGGGAGCGCGCACAGAUCUUCAUCUCGGAUGCUGGCGUCAUGGCCGUGUCGUUUGGUCUGUACAAGCUGGCGGCAACGUUCGGGUUCUGGUGGGUGGUGCGCGUCUAUGCCGUGCCACUGCUGAUCGUGAACGCGUGGCUUGUGCUCAUCACCUACCUGCAGCACACCCACCCGGCGCUCCCCCACUACGAUUCGACUGAGUGGGACUGGCUGCGCGGCGCGCUGGCCACCAUGGACCGCGACUACGGCAUCCUCAACCGCGUGUUCCACAACAUCACGGACACGCACGUCGCGCACCACCUCUUCUCCACCAUGCCACACUACCACGCCAUGGAGGCCACCAAGGCGAUCAAGCCUAUCCUUGGCGAGUACUACCAGUUCGACCCAACUCCUGUUGCCAAGGCGACCUGGCGUGAAGCCAGGGAGUGCAUCUACGUCGAGCCUGAGAACCGCAAGGGCAUCUUCUGGUACAACAACAAAUUCUAGCUGCUGGUUGCAGAGGUGAGGAUGGAGGCGAUCGCCCAUACUUUUACCCUAGGAAUGGGAGGAGCAAUCAGGAGGAGAAGAUGGUAAUGUCCCAAAGUCUCCAUCUACCUAUCUCUGGUUAGUCAUCAGGCUUUAGACAGGAAGAGAGCAUUUGGGAACAGAGAAGGCUUAUUGCAGUGCCAUCGCUAGAGCUGCCAUCAAGUACAAGUAGGCAAAUUCGUCAACUUAGUGUGUCCUCUGCCCAUGGCUGAGCUUUGGGUAGUCCCAAGUUUUUUUUUUUUCUCGUUUGCGUCCUAGUCGUCGCUGUUGUAGGCUUUGCCGGCGGCGGUCGUCGUGUGAUUGGCAUCCGUGGCCAUGCCUGUGCCUGCGUGGCCGUGCUUGUCGUGUGCGUCUGUCAUCGCGUUGGCGUCAUCUCUUCGUGCUCCCCGCGUGUUGUUGUAAAACAAAAUAUCCUGGUGUCUUUGGCGGAAUAACAGAUCGUCGAACGACUACUUUUUUGGGCA